AAGACCUUUGCAGUUGCAGCACCUCCGUUACUCCGGUCUGGCCGUCUCCUCCCCCGCCGUUUAUAAAUGGAGGCGAGCAGCCACACGGCCACCCCAGUACAAACGCAUUGCUCGCUGUGCUCUGCUGUGCCGUGUCCUCUCUGCUCCCACCCCCGCCCCAAAGCGCUCCGACGCACCCGCCGCCGCCGCCGCCUCUUCAGCACGCUCCUUUCCGUUCCGCAGCAUGAAGCGCCUGCUCCGGAGGCUCUCCCGCGUGGCCGCGGCCGACGCCGGCGACGCCGCCGCGUACCAGCCGCUCCGCGCGGCGCCCAAGGCCGCCGCCGCGGCGGCGGCCUCCGGCGCGCGGCUCCUGGGCGGCGGCGCGCGCGUGCCGGAGGGCCACGUGCCGGUCUGCGUCGGCGAGGAGGGCGGGACCGUCGAGCGCUACGCCGUGCGCGCCGAGCUCCUGGGCCGCCCCGCCUUCGCCGCGCUCCUCCGCCGCGCCGCGCAGGAGUACGGCUACUGCCACCCCGGCGCGCUCCGCAUCCCCUGCGCCGUCGCCGACUUCCACGACCUCCUCCUCCAGCUCGCCUACCCCUCCGCCGACCACGCCGACGACGAGGCGGCGGUCUGCUACAGCUAGACGCCGCCGCACCGGCGGCAUCCCCACCCCGCCGGCGCCCUCCCCGGCCCGCCCUUGCCAUCCUGGGGAGAAACAAUCGCGGAGGGGGGGCGUAACUGAGAUUUGCCCCCACGGUGCAACGGUGGCGCCGCCGGUGUUCUUACCGAUUUGCCCCUGCGUGGGAGGCCUGUACAUACGGAGGAUGGGGGUGCGACGGGGAUUUCGCCCUCCGCAUUUUCUCCUGCAGCUGGACAGUUUUAGUACCUGCUGUCUGGUAGGAAUUAGGGGAAACUUUCCUUCUUUUUCUUUCUCCUUCUCCUUCUCCCUCCCGUGUUUUUGGGUGCUCGUCUAGAUCUAGCUGUGGCAGCCUGGCUCCUAG